CUAACCCGGAAGUGCAGUGACAGCUCUUGUCAAAAAUCCUUCAUCUCUUUCGUUCAACUGCGAAACAAAGCUUGCCAAGAAGCUCAGGGUUUGGACAGACAAGCAGUACUGACACACCUACAGACAGAGACCUGACGGAGAGAGUCCAGCUGGCUAGUUAUGGCAGCUGCAAGCGGAACAGAUGUGCGAGGUACUUUGAUCUAGGGGUUUAACAGGCGGCCAGCUUGACUGAUUAUUGGACCUUUCCUCCCUCAUACCACCUCAUCCCACAUCUGGCUGGUGCUACUGCCCGACUCAGCACUCUCAGCAUCAACGCUGGCAAUGUCCAGAGUGCCAAGCCCCCCACCCCCGGCAGAAAUGUCCAGCAGCCCUGUGGCUGAGAGCUGGUGUUAUACUCAGAUCAAAGUGGUGAAGUUCUCCUACAUGUGGACCAUCAACAACUUCAGCUUCUGUCGGGAGGAGAUGGGAGAGGUCAUCAAAAGCUCCACUUUUUCGUCAGGAGCCAAUGACAAACUCAAAUGGUGUUUGCGUGUGAAUCCUAAAGGUCUGGAUGAGGAGAGCAAAGACUAUUUAUCACUUUACCUCCUUUUGGUUAGCUGCCCAAAAAGUGAAGUGCGGGCCAAGUUUAAGUUUUCUAUCCUCAAUGCCAAGGGAGAGGAGACCAAAGCCAUGGAGAGCCAGAGGGCGUACCGUUUUGUCCAGGGGAAGGACUGGGGUUUCAAAAAGUUCAUAAGGAGGGACUUCCUGUUGGACGAGGCCAACGGCCUGCUGCCUGAUGACAAAUUAACUCUUUUCUGUGAGGUGAGUGUAGUGCAAGACUCUGUGAACAUCUCAGGCCAGAACACCAUGAACAUGGUGAGGGUUCCUGACUGCAGGCUGGCGGAGGAACUUGGAGAUCUGUGGGCAAGCUCCAGAUUCACAGACUGCUCCCUGUGUGUUGCUGGCCAGAAAUUCCAGGCACACAAAGCCAUAUUGGCAGCUCGCUCGCCGGUAUUCAGUGCCAUGUUUGAGCACGAGAUGGAAGAGAGUAAGAAGAACCGUGUGGAGAUAAAUGACGUGGAGCCAGAUGUCUUCAAAGAGAUGAUGUGCUUCAUCUACACAGGCAAGGCCCCCAACCUGGACAAGAUGGCUGAUGACCUGCUGGCUGCAGCUGACAAGUAUGCUCUGGAGAGGUUGAAGGUGAUGUGUGAGGACGCUCUUUGCACGAAUCUGUCUGUGGAGAAUGCCGCAGAGAUCCUUAUCCUAGCCGACCUACACAGCGCGGAUCAGCUCAAGACACAGGCAGUGGACUUCAUCAACUACCAUGCUGCUGAUGUGAUGGAGACUUCAGGCUGGAAAUCCAUGGUGAUCUCUCACCCACUCCUGGUUGCAGAGGCCUAUCACUCUCUGGCCUCGGCCCAGUGUCCCUUCCUGGGUCCCCCAAGAAAACGGCUGAAACAGUCUUAGUGGUCUGGAGCGAUUCUCCUGUCCUAACCCUGCUGUGUCCUCCUGUACCAGCAACCUCACUGGCUCCUCUCUCCCAAUCCUACAUUUGCACCUGUAGUAUCCUGAGAUGCCCACAGCUGACACCUAGGGCUUGGGUACAGAUAUAGCUAGGGCAGCUAUACAGCUGGGCAGCACAGAGAAUUAUUGGACUAAUGCCACAGAGGAGGUACUACACAUCACUGUCGACGAAUCGAGUGAAUACUAUAAGAUCUGAACCUGGAUAUUUAAGGAGUGCAAGCCCAAAGCCUUGCUUAUUUCAUAUCCAUGAUCAACGAUACUGGAAAGCUACAACUCUGUUCUGUUUGUCGGGCAUGUAAAGAACUGAUAUCGUUGUCUGAAAAGUCAAUGCUGAGCCCCUGAAAAUAUUUGUCUGUGAUGUAUUGUCUUGUACAGUGUUGUAGCCCAAACUGUGCUUGUGAAGAGGAUCAACCAACAGGAAAGUGAAGGACUGUUGUUCCCAGUAUUGAAGACCUUAAUGGUGUUCAGUGUAUUGUUUUUCUAAGGCUUGAACAAUUGUCUUGAUUUUUUUUUUUUCUCUCCAUGAAAGAGACACUUCAGCCUAAUUUUAGCUCAGAUUUUGACUAAUUUCAGAAUCGUGACAGAUUUCUGCCAGAUUAUUGUCAUUUAAUGAGUAGCAUGAGACGCAGUCACUGUGUUUGAAUAAUAACAUGAAAGAUCAACAGUAAGGCUCUGAGGGCAUGGCAGGGAUUUCACAUGAAUGCUGUCAGAAGAUUCACUGUAAUCUGUAGUGGGCAAAGUUUUAAUAUUAUUGGAGAAGUAUUUGUUGUCUCGUGACAUAAACAAUAUGAAAUUUAACUGUGUUUCACAGCAGACAGACCUUACAGGCAUAGAGUAAUUUUCUCUUUUAUUUUUUUCUUACUUUUCAUUCAUUGUAGAAAAAAAGUCAUGCUUUCUUGACUUUUUUUUUUUUUUUUUAAAGAUUAUGUGGUCCUGUUAUUUGGUUGUCUUAUUCAUUUAAACGUUAUUGGAAGUGUCACUUGACAAAAUUGGGUUUUUAUUUUUACACUCAGGCUGGUGGUCAGUUGAUCCCUACAGUCUAAGUGUAAAAGAAAAGUCGGAAAGGCCAAUUAAAGAGAGCAUUGCCAGUUAACAGAGAAAGUGUCUGCCAGCUUCAAAACAUAAAAUGUUUUACAGUAACCUGUUAGCCUUAGGCAAGAAAUAUACUUGCUUUUUAGCCAUGCAGUCAUGUAAACAGCUGCUUGCAAUGUUAAUACAUUUUACAAACUUAACUCUUUACUUCUUGUGUUUGUGGGGGAUUCAGCUGCUUCCUUGUUGCAGGGAGUCUGUAUGUUUGAUUUGGCAGUUUUACCCUGAAUGCCCUUCCUUGUGUCUCUGACUGCAAUUGAAGCAGCAACCUUUCGCUUGCCAAAGGGAAAUGUAAACCACCACACUACAGUAGGUUUCCCCCCAUGCACAUUUCAAAACUAGCUGACCUGUCUUCAUUCCUAUCCCCAACUUCUAAAGUGAUACUGAUACUGAAGCAUACUUGUCACUGUGCAGAGGCAAGGAAACAUCAUAGAGAUGGCAGCAAUUGUGGAUUUGGUAUUUUAAAACUUACUGGUGUUUUUGUUGCUGCUGAUAUUUUUGCUGCAGUCUAUACAGACUAUAGUACUUACUGCUGGCAUGUUUCUUGAAUUUUCUUGAAGCUUUAUUUUCUGAAGACAUAGACAACUGAAGGUCCAAACGUAUGGAUAAUGCGUGAAGCCGUCAUCACGUGCGUAGCUAAAAGCAAGUAUAUUUCAGGCCUUAAUGUAUUCCCUUGACUUAUGCACCGUUUUGCCCUUUAAACCUGUAAAAUACAUAUAUUUUUGAAUUUUCCCCAG